AUGCCUGGUUUCGCCGAUUCCUUCUGGUCGAAUGACUAUGCUGCUGGACUCGGCGUCCUCUUCAGCAAGCUCCAGCAGGGCGUUGUUGAAAAUCGCCAGGUGCUGACCAUAGCUCGGCUGCGCGCCGAGGCCGAGGAAGCGUAUGGCCAGCGUCUCGCUGAUAUUGCGCCCGCCGCAGACAAGCUGUCGGGCGGCUUCGGUCGUGACGAUGGCGCCACCGUUCGCAAGGCCUACGAUGGAAUGCGAGCCGAGAUGCAGGAGGCUUCGCAAGCCCACAUCCGAAUCGCCAAGAACAUCCGCGACCUGGUGGUCAACCCCUUUUCUCGAUGGUGCGAUGCUCACGAGACUCGCAUCCAGGACUCCCAAGACGUUCUCCAGCUGAGAAUCAAGGCGCACGAUAAGCAAGCUGAGGCGGUCAAGAAGCUACGCUCAAACUACUUCAACAAGUGCCGGCUGGUGGAAGAUCUGGAAGAAGAGAACAAGCUCGCCUUUCAGGACCCCGAAUCCAGCCCCAAGCAGAACCAGCCAAACGCUCCGCCGAUUCCCGAGAUCAAGGUCCAGCCUCACAAGGAAGAAGAGCCCCAGAACGACGAGGUGUACGAGAUCGGCGACGAUGUCUACCAGCCCGAGCAGAUGAAGAAGAUUCUCUCCCAGAUGCUGUCGACAAUCAAGAUGGGAGAGACCAAGGUGCCCAUCCUCGGAACCUAUCUCAACACCUCUUCUGGAUCCGACAUUGUCGAGUAUCUCCAGCGAAGCAUGGGAACCACAAGCGUCAGCUAUGCUGAGAGGAUCGGACAGGACCUCAUCUCCAAUGGCAUGCUGCGCCUCAUUGGAAAUGUUGGCAAUACAUUUGCCAAUUCUUCCAAGAUGUUCUACCAGUGGAGGCCCAAGGCGUUCCAGCUGGCCGGAAUCCCCGAGAAGAAGCAGACUCUCGGCCGGACCUUUUCUAUGCCUACUACUGGCUCAGACGGCGGCGACUCAUCGCCCGUGGUAGGAACGGUGAGCGAGUACUUGUCCAACUGGAACGUGCUCAGCAACUCUCAUCCUGGCGAGACCGCUCCCCAGCGGCUGCAGCGCGAGGCAAGGGAGGCCGAUGAGAAGUACAAGGCCGGUGUGCGCAAGCUCGACGAGCUCCGUUGUGAACUGGAGGAGCUCAUCUUCCUGCAUCUCAAGUUCCUCGAGCGCUGCGAGCUCGACAGGCUGAAGGCGAUCAAGACAGUUAUCCUCGACUUCACGGGAACCAUUGGCAACAUAAUCCCCAGCCUGCAGUCGACUGUCGACAAGAUGAUGCUCUUCCAGGAGACCGUACAGCCCGGGGGGGAUCUGCGAUAUCUUUUGGAGAACUACCGCACCGGAAGCUUUAUUCCAAAGGUUGUCGUCUACGAGAACUACUACAACAAGGUUGACGAACAGACGUUUGGCGUUGAUCUGGAGGCGCGCGCAAGAGCCGAUAAGAAGCGUGUCCCAAUCAUCAUCACUACUAUCCUGACCUAUCUGGACAACCACUACCCUGACUUGGAAGGCGACGAGGCAAGGCGGGGAGUGUGGCUGCUCGACGUGCCCCUUGCCCAAACGCACAAGCUCCGUUCAAAGGUCAAUGACGGCAAGCCGGUUGCUCCCGAAGUUUUCGAUGAGUUUGAUAUCCCCACCGUCGCGUCUCUCCUGAAGCUCUAUCUCCUCGAACUUCCCGACUCCCUGGUUUCCUCCCACGUUUACGAAAUUGUCCGAACAAUCUAUAAUACCCCUGCCGCCGACUCGUCAGAGGCUUCUCGAAUUGCGGUUCUCCAGCAGACCCUUUCGCAGCUUCGUUUGACUAACAUUGCCACAUUGGAUGCGUGCAUGAACCAUUUCACGCGCCUCAUCGACCUGACUUCGGCCGAUGAAGAAUACGUUGCAGCCUUGGCCUCUAAUUUGGCGCCUUGCAUUCUGCGCCCACGAGUGGAGACUUCUCUCACGAUGGAGGAGAAGCACGCCAGCCGACUGGUUCGCGAUCUCUUUGCGCACAAGGACGCCAUCUUCAGCGAGCUCAAGCGCAUGUCAACACUCAGCCACUCCAUUUCCGCCCCGGGCCGUCCUCGAGCGAUCAGCACCGAUGAAAGCAACAGGAAAGCACUGAUGGAGGAGAGGAACAGGGCCUUGCUCGAGAAGAAGGUCCACCACGCCCCACGGAGCCGUGCCACCAGCCCUGCGCCGGGUCCCCGAGGCCAUCGGCGAGAGCGGAGCAGCGGCGGCCCCGAGACUCGAUUCCCGAUCCAAACCAGCCCGACGACGGCCUCGGACCGCCACCGGAGCAGCCUCGGCAGCCUGAACGCCAUCAAGCGGUCGAGCCUGGAAGUUCCCGCGGCGGACGGCAGCACCAGCCCCCCGGACACCACCAACGGCUCUCCGCUCAAGACGGAGAUCGAGGCCGGGCACGUCCUGGAGAAGCGCGACAGCCUGGGUAGAGGAGUGGCGGCCAAGUUCGCGACGGGCAUCCCCGCCACGCCGCCGAGGGAGUCGAGCCCUCGCGGCGUGACCCUGGAGGACAGGCCUAUGGACGAUUAG